CUUCCCAAUCCCAAAGAGAAAAAAAGGGAAAACGUUUUUGAGAAUUUUGCAUGACCCUGUGGAGCCGAAAAGUCAUGUAUUCAGAUUAGAAGUUUCCCCAUAUUUUUAAACGUCGACUGGACUUGGUCUUGGUCAAUGGCUUCUUCCUUCUUUAUUAUUCCUUUAUGAGUAUAUCUGAUCAUUAUUGGUUCAUUCAUCGUAUCAUUCCACUUCCACACCCACCAAUAAUUUAGCUUUGUUUCUAGGCAGAGCUCAAAUAUAGAAAGGGUCAGAAAUUAAGAUGAAGCAGUGUCUAUUUAGCAGUGGUUCAGAACUGGCAAAUCUGGUGGUGGGAUCUGAUAUUCUACAACAAUCAUGGCAAAAGAUUGAAGGUCUCAAUGCCAAUCCUUCGUUAGAGGGUCUCAAAUUCCAUAAAUACCAAGUGGGAAGGCGCACCAUAAUAGCUUUUGUUACUUCACCAUCUUCCAGGGAAGAGCUUCAACAUGGCUCAAAUUUGGUUCAAUCUUCAUCAUCAACGGCCGAGGAGAGUUUUGCUCUUUUUAAAUCUCUUUCCCGGAAAGACCAUUUCGCUGUUACUGAAGCUGCCAUUACUCUCUUCAACCAGAACCUUGACAGACUUUCUGAACUCAAAAAAGAGAUUGACCCUUCCAACCAACUAAUUAUCACUGGAUGCUCUCUGGGGGGUUCAAUUGCCUCGCUCUUCACCUUAUUGCUGUUAGAAAGCGGUAUCUUUACAAAGGACAAGGACAAGGGCAAGGGACUACUUUGUAUCACUUUUGGUUCACCCCUUGUUGGGGAUAGUUGCCUGCAAAACACUCUUGCUCAAUUCUCUUGGAAUUCUUACUUCCUGCACUUGGUCUCAUACAAAGAUCCCGUGCCUAGGAUCUUCAAAGACCAGAAUUCGGAUGCUCUCAAACCAUUUGGUACAUUCCUUUUUUGUUCUGAAACAGGGUGUUCUUGUUUUGAGGAUCCCAAAACCAUUCUGGAUUUGUUGGUGGAAACCGCGCCCUCACAGGAGGCUGCAACUAGUCAAGAUUAUAAGGAAAUGUUAGACCGCCUCAGACGUAAGGCCCUGUUCAAACUCAACUCUGAUGCUGACUCGGCCUCGAGUCCUUUCAGGGCAAGCAUUAUCACACAGCUCUCUGCCAUAGGAAUCAAAACUACACAACCCCAGCAUGAAAAUCAGUCGAAGAUAAAUAAUCUGGUUGAUCAGAUGGAAAAACAGGAAAGAAAGUUCUUGAUGGGAAAGAACAAGUCUUUGAUUACCUCGAAGAAAUUGCCUGACAUAAAAAUGUAUAUGGCAUAUAUGGAAUGGUAUAAGAGAUGGGCCAAGGAUAAGGAAAGUGGAUACUAUGACAGCUACAGAAGCAAACUGUUCAAAACUGAUAUGGAUGUUGAUGAGUUUUGCAAAAAACUGGCAAACUACUGGCACGACUUGGUUGAAGAAGAGGAGAAGAAACCCCAUAAUGGAUUGUUUGCCUCGAGGCGAUUCCUUUUCGCUGCUACAAAUUACAGAAGGAUGGUGGAACCCCUAAUUAUCGCCAAGUACUAUGCGAAGGGAGAGAGAAACUAUGAAGACAUAAAGGAAGGAGGAAGAGAUAGACACUUCAUCCUUUUGGAGCAAUGGCUUGAGCAACGGCAAGAGGGACAGAAGGAACAGAGUAGUACUCCGAAUGAUGGGAAAAAGAAAAUGGUAGCUGAGAAUCUCACUGAAGAUUCUUGUUUUUGGGCCAAGGUUGAGGAGUCUAUCCUUGCAUUGAAAAUGUUGAAGAAUGCAGAAUCAAGUGUUGAAGAGAAAGAAUCUUCCAAAGAAAAGUUGAGGAAGUUUGAGGUUUAUGUAUUUGAUUCACUGAAAAAUUAUUCAGUAUCACCUGAGAUAUUCUUGAAAGAUAGCAGUUUUAACCGAUGGUGGAACGAGUACAAGAACGUUAAGGAAAGAAACCACAACUCAGACCUCACUAACUUCAUGACUAAUGGAAAGUAUAAUGAGUAUGCCAAGGGAAAGUUCUAAACUAGAAGUUACAUGAAGUUUCAAGUUUAAAUUUUUGAGUCAAGUUUCCAGUUUGAUUAUAUCAUUAUUAUUACUUACCAAUUAAAAGCUACUGUAAUCUCAAACGUUAAUAGCAAGAAGAGCUCCUAAGACGAUGUUGACUCAAAAA